AUUCCACAGUUCAUUUCAUCUCUCUAGAAAACCAAGUCAUAAGAAAGAGACAAAACCACAAAAGAAACAACUAUGUCAAGCUCUGUAGAUUCUCUGCAAUCCAUGUCUGCUGCAACAUGCAGUUUCUUGUUCUUCUCCUUCACUCUUUUGUUCUCUCUGUUCUCCUUCCUCAUCUUCAUCUCUAGGAUGAAACCAUGGUGCAACUGCGAUCUCUGCAAGAGCUACCUAACCAUGAGCUGGACCAGCAAAUUCUUCAACUUCUGCGACUGGUACACCCACCUCCUCCGCACCUCACCCACCGGAACCAUCCACGUCCACGUCCUGAAAAACACCAUCACUUCCAACCCAGAAAAUGUUGAGCACAUACUGAAAACCAAUUUCCAGAACUACCCGAAAGGGAAACCGUUCUCCACCAUCCUCGGCGAUUUACUCGGUCGUGGAAUCUUCAACGUAGACGGAGAGUCGUGGAAGUUCCAGCGCAAGAUGGCGAGCAUGGAGCUUGGCAGCGUCGCGAUCCGCUCCUACGCGAUGGAGCUAGUCAACGAGGAGAUCCAAACAAGGCUGACCCCUCUCAUGGCAGCAACAGCCGCAUCAGCAAACAAUGUCCUCGACCUGCAGGACAUUCUUAGAAGAUUCUCAUUCGACAACAUCUGCAAAUUCUCCUUCGGGCUAGACCCAUGCUGUCUCCUGCCAUCAUUCCCUGUCUCGGAACUCGCCGAAGCUUUCGACCUAGCCUCGACGCUUUCCGCACAGAGAGCGAUGGCAGCGUCGAGUUUCGUCUGGAAGGCGAAACGUUUCUUCAAUUUAGGGAAUGAGAAGAAACUCAAAGAAGCUGUAGGAGUAGUAAACCAUUUCGCGCAGAAGAUGAUAAACGAGAAGAGAGAAAUGGGGGUGGGAACGAGGAAGGAUCUUCUCUCGUGUUUCAUGGGGACUGUAAACGACGACGUUUACCUGAGGGACAUUGUUGUGAGUUUCUUACUGGCCGGUCGGGACACGGUGGCUGCCGGUUUGACCGGGUUUUUUGCUCUUCUGUCGAAGAAUCCAGAAGUGGAGGCGCUGGUUCGGGAGGAGGUGGACCGGAUUGUGGGCCCUGGUGACGGCGUUUCGCCGAGCUUUGAGCAGACAAGGGGGAUGCAUUACUUGAACGCGGCGGUUCAUGAGAGCAUGCGGCUUUUUCCGCCGGUUCAGUUUGACUCAAAAUACGCCACGGAGGAUGACGUGUUGCCAGAUGGCACUUUUGUGAGGAAAGGGAGUCGGGUCACUUAUCACCCGUAUGCGAUGGGUCGGAUGGAGCGGAUAUGGGGCCCCGAUUGUCUCGAGUUUAAACCGGAAAGGUGGUUGAAGGAUGGCGUGUUUGUACCGAAAUGCCCCUUUAAGUACCCGGUUUUUCAGGCUGGGGUGAGGGUUUGUUUGGGGAAGGAUUUGGCCUUGGUGGAAAUGAAGUGUGUCGCCGCCGCGUUGGUCCGGCGGUUUGACAUUCGGGUUAUUGGGCCGGAUCAGGAGCCCCGAUUCGCGCUGGGUCUAACUGCUACUUUUAGGGGUGGUUUGCCUGUUAAGGUUUAUGAAAGAUAAGAGAAUCUGAGUCAUGCUGUAGAUAAUUUCCUAGCUGGACCCAAAUUAAUUUGCAAGGUUUUUUUCUUCUUUUUAGUUGGUGUGUGGCUGUUGAUUUGGAUAUAUAUGUGCACGGUGACGAAAGUACAAUUAAUGCAAAUAUUGGAUGAA